AUGAUAUAAUAAUUCAAAAACACAUUUUAUAAAUAAACAUCAAUUCACUAUAAGGUUGAAUGCAAUAGUUAUGGAGCAAAACAAAAUUGUUCCUGAUGUGAUUGACACCAUUCCCCAAAACAUAAUUCAGGUUCACUACCCGAGUGGUGUUGACGUGAAUAUGGGUAAUGAAUUGACACCCCUUUCCGUCAAAGACGAGCCGACCGUCCAAUGGAGUGCAGAGGAAGGGGUCUACUAUACCCUCGUUAUGGUAGACCCGGACGCCGGACGUAAUCCUCAGAUUAAGCACUGGCUGGUCGUCAAUAUCCCGGGCAAUGAUGUGUCGAAAGGCGAAACACUGGCCAACUAUGGGGGCUCUUCACCACCAGUAAAGACUACGCCCAAUAGAUACAUAUUCCUGGUAUACAAACAACCGGGUCAUCUCAUUCACUCGGAAACUCCUUUAUCAAAGGGCGAGGGCGGAGGGCGCGGGGGUUUCAAUAUCCGAGAGUUUGCAAAGACAUAUAAUUUGAGUGAACCCUAUGCCGGCAACUUUUACCUGGCUAAUGGCGAUGAAUAUUCUGUACAAAAACGGAUCCAGAUGGGACUAUCCAAUGGUUCAUUUGUGAUAGAAUUAACUUACAAAGUCAUGGAACAAAACAAAGUUGUUCCUGAUGUGAUCGACACGAUUCCAAAGCAUAUAAUCAAGGUUCACUAUUCGAGUGGAGUUGACGUGAAUUUAGGCAAUGAAUUGACACCACUUUUGGUGAAAGAUGAGCCCACAGUGGAGUGGGUGGCAGAGGAGGGCGUCUACUAUACUCUGGUGAUGACUGAUCCGGAUGUUGGCGAGCGCUCAGAGAUCAAGCACUGGCUGGUCGUCAAUAUCCCGGGCAGUGAUGUGUCGAAAGGCGAGACACUGGCCGCUUAUAGGGGUUCUGGACCUCCACUCGAACCUCCACCUCAUCGGUACAUAUUCUUGGUGUACAAACAACCGGGUCAUCUCAAACACGAGGAAACUCCUGUUGGGUUUGACUCAGUCGAGGGGCGGAUAUGCUUUAAGGUCAGGGAGUUUGCAAAGAAAUAUAAUUUGGGUGAACCCUACGCCGGGAACUUAUAUGUGGCUAAAGGGGACGCCUAUUCAGAAGAACGCAGAGCACAGAGAAGACAACAGCAAAAUAAAUAAUUAAUUAAAUGAUUAGACCUAACGAUGAAUUUGAAUUUUGAUUGAUAUUUGUGUGCAAUUGUUAUCCGAUUUGAUAAAUGUUGAGCAAAU